GUUCCAGGACUUACCUCAGCUUCACACUGCUUCUGACACUCUCCUUGGUCCCAGCUCGGUAUCUGUCUGGAUUCUGGUGUCUCGGUUUCAGUUCAGAUAGCCCUAGAGGCCUUGUGUUUGUGCAAGCAUGACAAUGGCAUAUGAAAACUUCCAGAACUUGGGGAGCGAAGAGAAAAACCAAGAGUCUGGUAAAGCAGCUCCUCCCCAGUCCUUCCUGUGGAAUAUCCUCUCUUGGACCCACCUCCUCCUGUUCUCCCUGGGCCUCAGCCUCCUGCUGCUGGUGGUUAUCUCCGUGAUUGGAUCCCAAAAUUCCCAGUUAAGGAGGGACCUAGAAACCCUGAGAACUACUUUAGACAACACCACCUCCAACACCAAGGCUGAACUACAGGCCCUGGCCUCCAGGGGUGACAGCUUGCAAACAGGGAUCAAUUCUCUGAAAGUGGAGGUGGAUGAUCAUGGGCAGGAACUGCAGGCAGGCCGAGGCUUGAGCCAGAAGGUGGCGUCUCUGGAGAGCACAGUGGAGAAGAAGGAGCAGACUCUCAGAACAGGUCUAUCUGAAAUAACCGAUCGUGUGCAACAGCUGGGGAAGGACUUGAAGACCCUGACAUGUCAGCUGGCCAGCCUCAAGAACAACGGCUCGGCAGUGGCCUGCUGCCCCCUUCACUGGAUGGAGCAUGAAGGCAGCUGCUACUGGUUCUCUCAGUCUGGGAAGCCGUGGCCUGAAGCGGACAAGUACUGCCAGCUGGAGAAUUCUAACCUAGUGGUGGUCAACUCCCUGGCGGAGCAGAAUUUUCUACAGACUCACAUGGGCAGUGUGGUCACUUGGAUGGGCCUAACGGACCAAAAUGGGCCCUGGCGAUGGGUGGACGGGACCGACUAUGAGAAAGGCUUUACGCACUGGGCCCCAGAGCAGCCAGAUAACUGGUAUGGACACGGGCUGGGAGGAGGCGAGGACUGUGCACACUUCACCUCAGAUGGUCGCUGGAAUGAUGACGUUUGCCAGAGGCCCUACCGCUGGGUCUGUGAGAUGAAGCUGGCCAAGGACAGCUAGGAGCACUCUCCAAGUAAUUUAUUUCUUCAGUGGUUUUAGCUGUGGAAGCCUGGAGUUUGGACUCCUCCUAUCCCAUUUCAAUGUUAUUUGGGACUUUUCUUUUUGUCAAAAAAUUUAAGUCAAGGAGAAAGGAUUGUGUUUGAGAUGGUAGUGUGGAGUCCGGAAGAAUGGGGUUAUUGAAAUCUGUGGUAUUUUGUACAGAGUGCCGCUUAUUGUAGGACUUUUUAAUGUAACAAAAAUAAAACACUGUUGGUUUUGC